AUGUUAGCGGUGGGGGCGAUGGAGGGCCCCCGGCAGAGCGCGUUCCUGCUCAGCAGCCCGCCCCUGGCCGCCCUGCACAGCAUGGCAGAAAUGAAGACCCCGCUGUACCCCGCCGCCUACCCCCCGCUGCCCGCCGGCCCCCCCUCCUCCUCGUCCUCCUCGUCCUCCUCGUCGUCGCCCUCCCCGCCUUUGGGCGCCCACAACCCGGGCAGCCUGAAGCCCCCGGCCGCGGGGGGGCUCUCGGCCCUGGGCAGCCCCCCGCAGCAGCUCUCGGCCGCCACCCCGCACGGCAUCAACGACAUCCUGAGCCGGCCCUCCAUGCCCGUGGCCUCAGGGGCCGCCCUGCCCUCCGCCUCGCCCUCCGGGUCCUCCUCCUCCUCUUCCUCGUCCACCUCCGCUUCGGCCGCUGCGGCCGCAGCCGCAGCGGCGGCCGCCGCCGCCUCUUCACCAGCGGGGCUCCUGGCCGGCCUGCCCCGUUUCAGCAGCCUGAGCCCGCCGCCCCCGCCGCCCGGGCUCUACUUCAGCCCCAGCGCCGCGGCCGUGGCCGCCGUGGGUCGGUACCCGAAGCCGCUCGCCGAGCUGCCCGGCCGGACGCCUAUCUUUUGGCCGGGAGUGAUGCAGAGCCCGCCCUGGAGGGACGCCCGCCUGGCCUGCACCCCUCAUCAAGGAUCCAUCUUGUUGGACAAAGACGGGAAGAGGAAACACACGAGACCCACGUUCUCGGGCCAGCAGAUCUUUGCCCUGGAGAAGACUUUCGAACAAACGAAAUACUUGGCGGGGCCCGAGAGGGCUCGCUUGGCCUAUUCAUUGGGGAUGACGGAGAGUCAGGUCAAGGUCUGGUUCCAGAACCGCCGGACCAAGUGGAGGAAGAAGCACGCAGCCGAGAUGGCCACGGCCAAGAAGAAGCAGGACUCGGAGACCGAGCGGCUGAAAGGGGCCUCGGAGAACGAGGAGGAGGACGACGACUACAACAAGCCCCUGGAUCCCAACUCGGACGACGAGAAAAUCACGCAGCUGCUGAAGAAGCACAAGUCGAGUGGCGGCGGCGGCGGAGGCGGCGGGCUCCUGUUGCACGCGUCCGAGACCGAGGGCUCGUCCUGA